AUGGCAUCCAAGUUGUUACAGCGUCAAAGGCCUGUGAAGCAUCAAAGUUUGUGUCCAAGCACGACACUGCUUACUAAAAACAGGUGCAGGAGAAGAACAAUCCGUAUAUCCAGGAGCCAGCUACUGUCGAGAAGUGCCAAGAGUGUUUUAAGCAGCUUCUCUGCACUCGUCUUACUAGGUACAUCCAUAUGGGUAUUUACAGACUGAUAGACCCACUAAAAAGAUGAUUCAUUGUCAGAUGAUAGAUGCACUUAAAGGAGAAGCUCUGGCUUGUGGUAGUAACCAUGAAAUCAAUGUGAGGUUUCUUGUUAGAGUAAAGAGCUCAUGAUCCUGAUUUAUGAAAG